AUGUCGCAGCCGAACGUCACCCUGGGACCCGGCUGCCACAUCCUCACGCACAACUUUGCAUGCACGCCAAUCCAAAACUCGUUGGUCAUAACCGGCGCUGGAGCAAACGCUAGCAGCUGGGACACGGACUUCGGCUUGUACCAGUUUUCUGUGGAGCCUGGAGUGGUGGUUACUCUCAAGGACUUGGUUUUGGAGCGUGCGCUGGUGUUCACAGCCGUAGACACGGACCUACAACCCAUUGCCAGAGAUGCCGAGCUGGCACUGCAGCCAUCCAUAUUCCACAUGCGGCAAGGGAGCCGCUUGGUGCUGCAGAAUGUCACUGUGCAGACGCGGUGCUCCACGCUGACUUACUAUUGGAAUCGGGUGCCCGGGUUUCAGCAUUCUUCAGCUCAACUCAUGCCGCCGUUGAUGUUCGCUAACGCCACCCAUGGCGCUGUGACGUUGCACAACGUCUCAGUCCGGUGCGACCAGGGCCUGGAACCCUCUGGUCCUGUGGAGCUCUUCGUGCACACCGCCCCAAUGCUACGGGCUUUCAUGGCCGCUGCCAGCGCGCUCUCCAUUAGCACCACAAUCAACAUCAUGGAGAAUCUGACGCUGCCGUAUGUGCCGUGGCCGCCAAGCAAUGCGGAACCUGCGGAUCAGCGGGAUGGGUUGGCGACGGCGGACACGUUCAUCGUCGGCAGGGAGCCAGGCGCGGAAUUAGGCAAGAUUACUUAUGUAGACGCCAACUUCACGGCUGCGUGGCUAACGGUGCAGAGCCCCGCGCGUCUGACGCUGCGACGGCUCUUGCUCACACGGCUUUACACGACGGUCGUGACACCCGGAGGCGGCAAGGGAUUGUUGGCGGGUGCGCUGCCGCUUCCGAUGGUUCAGGUCACUGGCACGCCCGCGCAGCCGUCAAGGUAUUUCGAGGAUGUAACGCUUGUCGUACCGCAGUACGAAGUUACGGAAAUGACGUACUGGUGCAUCAUGAUCAAUGUGGGCACUCCGGAGGUUAAAGGUGUUGCGGAUUUUCUUCGACCGUACGUUUGGCCCACCGAGUUUGACGUGUUGGGUUCAACACAGCUGUACUUGAAACGCUUGAGGACCGCAUCCAGUAUGUUCACCCGGGUGAUGCUUACGAGCCAACCUCCCGCCGGCGUCCCAUUCGAAGACUCGGAGCCGCCGGCAACCGUUGCGUCGUACCAGCAUGUCCAACCGCCGUUGUACAUCGUCACCAAGGGCAAUGACUGGGCGGAUGCAGUGGCACCUGUUCUUCCGCAGGAUACGGGGUCAACGGCAGGUGGCUUGGCGGCGGCGGCGUCGUACGACGCCGCCAGCGGCGGCAGCAGCAGCAGCAGCUCGCCUUCUUUACCAGUGCUGGUGCUUGUGAACGGCACGGUGACGUUAACUCCGUCGGACGUGCAGGUGUCACGGUACGGCGGCGGUGCCCGUGUCGUACGGCGCAGCGUAGUGGUGGCGUCGAUGCGACAGGGGUGCGGCGGCGGGGGCGGCACAGAUGCCGCCGCCUGUCCGCCUGCAGUUCUGGACUUGGCUGGUAUCACGGAUGCCAUGCGGCUGUCGGGUCUCACCACCACCGUGGUUUUCAUGGGUGUCACAUUGCGCAAUGUCUCCUCCGCGUUGAUUGAACAGACGCUGGGUGCGAAGAACGCGGACCUGGGCUCCAUUGGAGGCUUUUUCAUCUUCAACAGGUCAACGGUACGGCUGUCCUUUGAGUCCGUCACAGUGGAGCUGAAAGCGAGUGCCUUUGCCAUCCUGCUCAGAGUCGCAAAACAGAAUCCGCUUGGCGGCAGCACCGGUGACCUCGUCGUGAUAGACGCCACUGACAGCCUCAUACAGCUGGCGAGCUUCCAAUUCGGGGGAGUGCGCGGGAGCUUUGUGAACUUCACGAAUGCGGGCGGCCGCGCUCCAGGACCGACCGCGCUCGUACAGUCCGCCGCCCCCGGAGGCGGCGGCGGUAGCGCCGCAAGUGGUGCCGUACCAGUUAUAGUGGGCGCCGUCGUCGGGGGCAGCUGCGCGCUGCUUUUGGCUGCAGGCGUCGUGACGUGGCUCGCGCGGGCCCGGCGGCGGCGAGCUGAGUCGGGCGAUUUGCCUUCGGCGGGGGAGGGCAGCGCAGAUGGCAAGCACGGCGAUUCUCGUACUGCUAGCAAGUCGGCGGCAGCCGACGUGUCCUUAGAAGGCAGCGGGGCGAGUACUUGCAACGUGUACGGCAGCACUCAUCAUGUACGGACAGGAGAGGGGAACGGGAGCGGCGGCGGAGCCACCGCUGCCGCUGCAGCCGCAGUGGCGCAUGCCGCGGCCGUGGCGGCGGAGGAAGAAGCGUCUGCCGUUCGGCCGGGCCCUUGCAGCCAUAGCAAAGCCUGCGAGGAGGGGAGUCCGCAAUGUACGACUUGUACGGCUAGCGACCUUAACAGCAGUGAAACGACGACGACGCCGCUGAUGGGAGUGAUGUCGCAGUUGGCGCCGGCGUUGCCAGUGCCGCCGUUGCCGCUGGCUAUGGGUGGCACUUCUGCGCAGAUGCAGCGCCACGUCUUCUCCGUGUCUCGAUCGGAGUCUGCAGGGGAGGUGGCAGCGGGAAGAGCUAGCAUGGAUAUCAGUAUCGUAAGAGGCGACGACGGAAGCGCCUGCUCUACGUCAGCGAGCGGCGUCGGACGGCGCCUUCUCUUAGAUGCACCCGGAAGCGGCGAAGUCGCGGCAGGGGCGAUUGCGGCGGCGGGUGCAGUCACCACGCGAUGUGGCUCCAGGCUGCUGCCCAACCUGUUAGACUCGGCACCGGAGGCAAGCGGCCGCGGUAGCAUUGGCAGCGGUGGCGGCGGAAGCGGCGCCUCGGCGCGCCGAAUAAUCUGGACGCCGUCGGGCGGGAGAUCGCACUUGUACGGCAUGGGGGAGGCAGGACGGUCGGCGUCGGGGUUGCGAGUACGAGCAGCGCUAGGUCGGUCGCCGUCAAGGCCGGCGCGUUCCGUCACCAGCAGCAGUGCCAGCGGGCCGUCCGCUACACUGCCGGCGCCUCAGCCCGCCAUGCUUGUGGCGCCGCCGUCGCCGAGUACGACAGCGCCGCCGUCGAUUGCAACGGCCCCGGUGGCUUCGGGCAGCUCGACGCGGUACCACGCCCACAGUCACUACUUACGGUCGCAACAGGGUAAUGCGGUCCAGCGGCGGGAGGGCUCGACACCGACGCUUGUCGGCGGCGGCGGCAGCGUCGUCGGUGUGUCGGGUUGCGGGGAGCCUGGCGCCGGCGAAGGUACGGCAUCGCACUCGACGCAGCUCAUGGCGACUGGCGGGACGCUUGACCCGCUGCUGGGUCAAACCUUGGACGCGGAAUGUGUCUCGCCUGGGCUCUCAAUGUCGAUCUCGAAGGUUCCGGAGCCGGCAAGUGAGGUACAGCGACUGAUUCAGGAGCUGACCAUGCACGGCACGGAUCAGCUGGUUAUUUUGGAGCCGAUAGGCCAAGGCGGUUACGGCAUGGUGUACAGAGCAUGGGCCACAUUUCCUCAUCACGGCUCAGAGAUCGUCAAAACCACUUUGCCGUACAUUUGCACAGGCGUCUGGCGCAAUCUGGACGUGGCCGUGAAGACGAUCUUGUUCCAGAACCGAGCCCACAUGACCCAGCCGCAGCUUUGUUGCCCGCUACCCACGUGCAAUCCCAGCACCGGCCAAACGGUGCAAACGUCGGUCAUCCAGGAAGCGGAGGAGGGCGGUCAAAAGGCGUGCUUCUGCUCACAGCCCGGGAGUAUCCACCUCAUCCCCUCGCACACGUCCCCCCCGACGGCGCCCAUGGCGCCCACGAGCGGCGCCUCGGCGGCGAACUGGGCGGGGACGCCGGCGGCGACCGGAACAGCCGCCGGGCUCGGGCUCGGGCUCGGGGCUGCAGCCGCUGGUGGCGGUGGUGGCGGUGGUGGUAGGGAUGUUCACGCUAGCGGAGGUGGAGGCGGAGGCAGCACUCAUAAUUGGACAGUUGCCAGUCAGCAGGCGGCCAACAGCGGCAGCCUGCCUAGUGUGAGCGUGGCGGGAGGAACAGGAGGCCCCCUUGGCGUGGCGUCGCAGCAGCGCGCCGUGUUGGAGGCCGCCGUGAGCUGCUCCGUCACCCACCCGAAUGUGGUCGCCACGUACCACUAUGACAUCACGCCCGUACGACCAUCGGGAGUGGUGUGCUCGGGGGGGCUGCUGGUAAGCGACGGGAGCUAUCUGCGGGCUGCAGCAGCAGCAGCGGCGGCGGCGGCGGCGGCGGGGGGCGGCGGCGGCGGCCCCGCGGGUCUUCUUGGCGGACCCGGUCCGGCCGCGGUCAGCGACUGGAAACUCUACUUGGUGCAGGAGUUCUGUGACGCGGGAUCGCUUGCCAACGCAUUGGACGCACGAGCCUUCCACGACCCGGCUGGGAUGCCUAACCUGGCCCUUACCCUGUGCGCGCUGGCGGACAUUGCCCGCGGCAUGGCGCACAUACAUUCGCGAAGCAUCGUACACGGCGACCUCAACCCCACCAACAUUUUGCUGCGUUCGCUGCGUCACGAGCUCGGCGUGACGUUGGUGGCCAAGGUGGCGGAUUUCGGGCUGUGCGGGAUGUUAGCACCGGGCAAGCGCCACGUCAGCAAUGCGUUGCGUGGGACACCGUUCUACACGGCGCCAGAGACGGUGGCGACUGGCACCAUGACCCUGGCCUCGGACGUGUAUUCCUUUGGCGUCAUCGCCUGGGAGGUCUACACGGGCCGGCCGCCCUUCCAGCACGUACCUGACCUGGGGUUCGUGCGGGACGAGAGCUUUCCGCGCCUGCCGCCGCACGUGCCCGCCACGUUUGCCAACAUGGCGCUUGCGUGCGUGAACUCGGACCCGGUCGCUCGACCCACUUUUGAUCAGAUCCUUGACCGCCUCAUGACUCUUCAGUCCAAACUCGCCGUCAGCCUCCAGCAGCGGCUGACACGCUUGAUGGCCGGUCCCGGCGCCCAGUGUGUCUCCAUGCCACCGGAGUCAAUGUACUGCGGCGCCGGCAACCCGGGGUUGGGGGUAACGGGAAUAGGCCGGGGAAUUUUGGGAGCGGCGACUGCGGGUCCCUCGGCGGGGGGGAGAGGGGGAGGAUCGGACAGUCUGGGGCUUUCGGGAGCUGUCGGCGAUGUGCCGAAUUUUCCGUUGUCGACGCCCUGCGUGCUGUCGGCUGCCGCGUCGCAGGCUGUAGCAGCUGCCGGUGGCUCUGGGGGUGGACGGUGA